AUGGCGACCUCAGGGUUGACGAUUGUGAUUAAACUCGGAACAAGUUCCAUUGUUGAUGAGAAAACCCAUGAGCCCAUUCUAUCGAUCUUGACUUUAAUUGUCGAAACGGUCUCCAAGUUACGCAAGGAUGGUCACCGAGUUGUGCUCGUCUCUUCAGGCGCAGUUGGCGUUGGCUUGCGAAGAAUGGACGUGGACGAAAGACCAACCUACCUUCCCCGAAUACAGGCGCUUGCGGCGGUGGGCCAAUGCCGGCUAAUGAGUCUGUGGGAUAAUCUGUUCUCGCAUCUUCGAGUUCCGGUGGCCCAAAUCCUUUUGACGAGGAAUGAUAUUGCAGAUAGAGCACAAUAUGUCAACGCCCAAAAUACGUUCGAGCAAUUGUUCGACAUGGGUGUGAUUCCCAUUGUCAAUGAAAAUGAUACCCUAGCUGUUUCUGAAAUCAAAUUCGGCGACAACGAUACCCUCUCCGCGAUCACUGCGGCGACAGUCAAGGCCGAUUAUCUGUUCCUGAUGACUGAUGUCGACUGUCUUUAUACUGCCAACCCGCGCAAUAACCCCGACGCCCAGCCUAUUGAGGUAGUUUCUGACAUUUCAGCGCUGGAAGCUGAUGUCUCGUCUGCUGGGUCUUCCUUGGGAACAGGUGGCAUGAGCACGAAGAUCGUCGCCGCAAAGCUGGGAACCAGUGCUGGUGUGACCACAAUCAUCACCAAGAGCUCAAAGCCGGGCAACGUUCACGAAAUUGUGAAAUACCUGCAAAGUCUACGAGAGAUUGCAGAUUUAAACGAUAUCUCGCCAGGCCAGUUGGCGGAUAUCCCCGCUCCUCCUCUUCACACUCGAUUCCUCCCAUCCGAUACUCCAAUUCAGUCCCGGACAUUCUGGUUGCUCCACGGGCUCACCCCACAUGGUACUAUCUAUAUCGAUCAAGGAGCGUAUGAUGCACUGCUUCUCAACAAGGCCAGCCUUCUCCCAGCAGGAGUACUUGGUGUUGAAGGUCACUUCGGACAGCAAGAAGCAGUCCGGCUCGUGGUUGUUGAACGACCUGACCCAGAUGCCCUGAAUGGCGACUUCCUUCACCAUGGCCAAGAGCCGCGGGAAGUCGGCCGUGCGCUAGUGAACUACGGAAGUAUCGAGAUUGCGCAUAUCAAGGGCCACCGCAGCAACUCAAUUGAGUCAUUACUUGGGUAUGCAGAGAGCGACUACGUUGCAUUGCAUGAAAACAUCUCAUUUCACCCGCAGGACUGA